UGUUCAAAAUUUCUGUAUAAAAUUUGUGCAUCAGGCUGUUGUCUGCAUCUAGCACCCAACUGAAUAUCAAAGACUUAGCAGUUACCAAUUGUAUACAAAAAAGAAAGAACUUGUUUAGUAGAGAAAAAAUGGAUCUCUUGAGGGAUGAGUACGGGAACCCAGUCCGUCAAACUGACGAGUAUGGGAACACAGUACAACACACGGGCACCAUGGGUGCAUAUGAGAUAGGAGCAAGCAGGUACGUAGGAGAUUCAACUCUAGGUGGUGGUGGAGGUUAUGAUCCUACGAUGGGUGGGUAUGGUGUCAUAGGUACCGGAGGGUAUGAUUCUACAAUGGGCAGUGGGUAUGGAGCUCAGGGAAUGCAAACAGGAGCUGGAACUGGCUAUGGUGGUGCCGGUGACACAGCAAGUUAUGAUACAGGAAUCGGAACUGGCAUGGGUAGCUACGACACAGGUGUGGGUAUGGGUGGAAUCCAGCAAUUACAAUAUCAGAAGCCUCGUGACACUGGUCACACUGGCAUGCUCCAUCGCACUGGGAGCUCCAGUUCUAGCUCUUCGGAGUAUGAAGAACAAGGAGAAAGAAGGAAGAAAAAGGGGCUGAAGCAGAAGAUAAAAGAAAAAUUACCUGGUGGCAAGCACAAGAAUGAAGAAUAUAGCUCAACCAUGACUCCUGGGUAUGAUGUCUAUGAACAACACGAGAAGAAGGGAAUCAUGGACAAGAUUAAGGACAAGCUGCCCGGCACUCAUCGUUGAGAGAUUUACUGCACCU